GGUGGUAGUGUUGGGAUAGGCCAUAACAACCACCCAACAAGGCGUUGUGCUACUAUGGGGAAAUACCUAGCCGAACCGAGGGCUAAAACGCUUUCGGUGUAGUUGUAAUUGUGCGGGAAAUAGAGCAAAUCCGCCGAAAAAAGUCGAUGCAAGUAGAAAUUGUAGCAGAUCAGAGAUCAACUGUGGCCGUUGACGUCGAGCCGUGCGUAAUGAACUGAGUUGGAAAAAGAAGGUGUUGAGCUGCAUUUUUUUUUCUCUCUCUGCCAGGAACAACUUGGGUCGGGAGUGCUGGGUAAACUACGGGGCGAUACGAAGAGGAAAAAUGAACAGGACGCCUACGCUUUUGUGGUGUGGCAGGCUGGGCUUGGAGCUCUGAAGAUGCUUCAGAGGACCCGUGCCUGACCCACUGCGCUAACAGCUGAAGAUUGAGAGGAAUAUAUUGCCUGAGCAGAAUGACUCAGCAGGAGGGGGGACCCCCAAACAGCAAGUGAAGAGAACUGAGGAUGGGUGCCAAUGGAUCCAGCUAUCCACACUCAUGCUCCCCUCGUAUAGGGGGAAAUGCACAGGCACAGCAGACCUUCAUAGGAACCUCAUCCUACUCCCAGCAAGGCUAUGGCUGGGAGUCAAAGUUAUACAGCCUGGAGCAUGGUCAUGAGCGGCCCGCUGACAGGAAGAAGAAGAGCCUCGGUCUGGCCACGCUCAAACGGAGGUUCAUCAAACGGAGGAAGUCCAGCCGCUCGGCCGACCACGCACGGCAGAUGCGGGAGCUGUUGUCAGGGUGGGACGUUCGCGACGCCAAUGCCCUAGUGGAGGAAUAUGAGGGCACAGCUGCUCUGAAAGAGCUGAGCUUCCAGGCCAGUCUGGCACGAGCUGAGGCGCCCAGCCUGCAACGGGACUUGGCUGCCCUCUACCAGCACAAGUACUGCACCGAUGUAGACCUCAUCUUCCAAGAUACUUGCUUCCCGGCCCAUCGGGCCAUCCUGGCUGCCCGCUGCCCUUUUUUCAAGACCCUGCUAUCCUCGUCCCCAGGCUAUGGAGCAGAGGUCCUCAUGGACAUUGAGACUGCAGGCAUUGAUGUGCCCAUGUUCUCUGCCCUGCUACACUAUUUGUACACAGGGGAGUUUGGUGUGGGUGGAGCAGAAGAUACCAGGCUGCAGAAUGUGGACGUAUUGGUGCAGCUGAGUGAGGAGUUUGGUACACCCAACUCCCUGGAGGCAGAUAUGAGGGGUUUGUUUGACUAUAUGUGUUACUAUGACGCCCUGCUUAGCUUCUCCUCAGACUCUGAGAUGGUGGAGAGCUGUAAUGAAAGAGGAGCUGGGGCUGGAGCACCAACAGGGGGCUCGGGAGGCAGCGGGGGGCUGGGCACGCCAGACGAGGACCUUAGGGCACAUAAAGCAGUGCUCUCAGCACGCUCUCCUUUCUUCAGGAACCUUCUGCAGAGGCGCAUCCGCACAGGGGAAGAAAUGACGGAGCGCACAUUGCAGACACCCACCCGUAUAGUGCUGGAUGAGUCCAUCAUCCCACGGAAGUAUGUGCAGGUUAUUCUGCAUUGCAUGUACACUGACGUGGUGGAGCUCGGGCUGGUGCUGCGCGGCAGCCCCUCAGCAGGCAGCCUCGGCGAGGUGCAGGCCCUGGUGUCCGGUGGCCGUGGGGCCAGCACACGCACUGAGGAAGCCAUGGAGCUCUACCACAUCGCUCUCUUCCUGGAGUUCAGCAUGCUGGCCCAAGGUUGUGAGGACAUUGUGGUGGAAAGUCUGUCUCUAGACUCACUUGUCCCCAUCUUGAAGUGGAGCUCUCAGCCCUACGGCUCCAAGUGGGUCCACCGGCAGGCCAUGCACUUCCUCUGUGAGGAGUUCAGCCAGGUUGUCACAUCCGACGUCCUCUAUGAGCUCAGCAAGGAGCACCUACUGAACGCCAUCCAGUCUGACUACCUACAGGCGAGUGAACAGGACAUUCUCAAGUACGUUGUUAAGUGGGGCGAGCAGCAGCUUAUUAAGAGGAUGGCAGACAGGGAGCCCAACCUGCUGAGUGGCACUGCCCACAGUGUGAACAAGAGGGGGGUGAAGAGGAGAGACCUGGAUGUUGAGGAGCUGAAGGAGAUCCUCUCUCCCCUGCUGCCCUUCAUCAGAACUGAGCACAUCUUACCUGCCAACAGUGAUGUCCUCGCUGAUGCGCUCAAAAGGGGUCUCAUAAGCACCCCUCCUUCAGACAUGCUGCCCACAGCUGAGGGGGGGAAGGCUAAUGCCUGGUUACGGCAGAAGAAUGCUGGCAUCUAUGUGCGCCCACGCCUGUUCUCUCCUUAUGUGGAGGAGGCAAAGUCUGUGCUUGAUGAGAUGAUGGUGGAGCAGACAGACUUGGUGCGUCUACGACUGGUGCGCAUGUCCAACGUCCCAGACACACUCUACAUGGUCAACAAUGCUGUACCUCAGUGCUGUCACAUGAUCAACCACCAGCAAAUAGCUAGCAACUCGACCACAGCGCCGUCAGUAGUGGCCAAUGAAAUUCCAGUGCCUCGGCUGCCGGUGGUGAAGGAGAUGAUCCGCAGGCUGCAGGAGCUGAGGCACACAGAGCAGGUCCAGAGAGCCUAUGCCCUCAACUGUGGUGAGGGAGCCACUGUCAGCUACGAGCUACAGUUGCGUGUGCUGCGGGAGUUUGGUCUAGCAGAUGGAGCCACCGAGCUACUGCAGAACCCUUACAAGUUCUUCCCAGAUGAACGGUUUGGAGAUGAGAGUCCGAUUCUGGCUCUGCGUCAGGUGGGUCGUUGUCGGGUAAACAGCAGCCCAGCCAUGGACAGCAUGUUCACAGAGCUGGAAGGGCUAGCAGGCUUCCACCCUCCUCUACCUCCUCCACCUCCCCCGUACCACCCCCCCGCCACACCCAGCCACACCCAGCUCAAGGGGGCCUGGCGACCACGCGUGCCCAUGCCGACCCCCACCCGUUCCUUCUCCUAUCCUUGUAACCGCACCCUGCUCCAGCGCCAUGCAGUUGCCAAGCAUGGCAGCUCAGACUACUCCUCUGUGCCCAGGCCCCAGCCCCCAGACUGCACCAACCCACAAGCUAUGGGCCGAGCUUUGCUCUCAGACCAGCAAGCGAUAAGCAUGGAGCCUGUGAUGAGGGAGUUCAUGCCUGAUAUUGCACUGGGGGUCUCAGUCAUGUCCCUGCGGGAGCAGCACAUGGCAGAGAUGGACAGGGAAGGCCCUCACAGUCCCAUAGGACCCUCAGGCCACCACCUGUCCCAUGGGCCCUGCCCUUCUACCCGCCUCAGCCAUAGCCACGGUCCGGGACACGGCCACUCCUGCAAGAGACACGCUCCGGAGCCCAAGCUGGAGGCGCAGGCUGAGUUCCCUGACCUCUAUGACUUCUCCUGCCGACCUGCAACCCCGACCUCCACUCACCCUCUGCCCUCCUUUGCUGGGCCAGACCUCUACAGUCACAGUUGCACUCCCUCUAGCUCAUUCCCACCCCCCUACCUUUCUGACUCUCAGUCCCAGGGCCACCCCCAGGGACGGACUGCCCCAGACCCCCUACGGUUGGAUGUCCUCAGUAUGACCUCUCAGAGGCAGGACGGAGCUCUUGCCAGCCCCUCCGGGGCACAGCCCAGGAUGGGACAUAUCUCGAGGGGCCGAUCAAAUGAAACAGAUCUGACUCAUGGUUUGGGCCAUUUGCGCUCCCCCAGUGGAAACAUAGAUGGCUAUGAGGAGAGACACUCAGGCCCCAGGGAAGCCCUGGAGGAGAUGGUGGUAUGUGGAGAAUCAUCAGGUUCGGGACCCCUCCAGCAGCCUCACAGGAACAGUGUCAGUGAGGAGAUCGCCAGAGACCGCAGGUCACCCAGCAAGCCUGACUACCCUUACAAGAAAUCUGCACUUUAACCCCAGUUGAGGACCAGGGGUUGAGUUAAGAAAAGGGAAAAUGAGAGGAGUGGCCCUCCAUUGUCAUGGAUGGCAAAGCACUAAUUUGUAUGUCUGUGUGAAAAGUGUGUGUGCGUUUGCGAGAGAGAAGCAGGGAAGAGGGGUGGUCGAUGGUUGCUAUUUAUAGGUUCUGUCCUUUUUGUCCUACCUCUGUCACACUGUGCUAUCCAUCACACAGUCAGAGUGCAGAAAGAGUGAGGGCUGUAGGUCAACAGUCGAUGCUUGGAAUUGAUCUCUGCAAACUCGCCUCAGUCUUGCUGGUUUAGAGCAUGACUCAGGCUGUUUUGGGAUUAGGGGUCAGUCUUUUGAGCCUGGUUGGAAACAAAGACGUUAGCUCCACGCUGUGUGAAUCCUGUCUGAGUAUGUCAUAACACUAGAUGUAGCUCAAUAAUGAACUGAUGGUUUAACAGACUUUACAUGGGGCUCUACUGUCUGUUGAUUUUUUUUUUUCCCCAGCAUUGAACCAGGAGGUGGCUGGAUAUGAAUCUCAAUUUACGCAAGUGAACAGCACACAGCCUGGGACAGAGAUAGUGUUUUGAUAAAAAUCAUAUGUAAAUACAUCUGGCUGUAUUCCUUCUUCUCUUGACUUGUAUAUCAAUUUCUUCCUGUAGCAUUCCUAUAGCAACUCACCUGACUAGUUUCCCCUUCCUGGCCUUGGUUCUGCAGUGCUGAUGAGUAAUGGGCCAAGGCUUGGUCACAUGAGGCAGGAAUUGGAUCAGACAGGAAGUAGGUCGACAGAGCGUGUCAUUCUCCAGUAACCCAGUCUUUUCUGGGCUAUAAUUGUGUCCGGCGCUAUCACAGCCUCUGAGUCUCCUGCUCAGAGGCAGAAGCUUGGCGUUUUCAGAGAGAGAGAGGGGAGGGUAGGAUUGUGGGCAGGUUCAUUACUGAGAUACAGUGAAAAAUACAAGGGUGCCAUGGCAACUGAUGUGCACUGGUUAAACGGAGCGCUGGAGGUUUGUUGGUCUUUUAGCCUAACAGGUGUGUGUGCGUGUGCGUGUGUGUGUGUGUGUGUGUGUGUGUGUGCAAGAACUAGUUUGGUACACACAGGUGAUCAAACAAUCUCAGUACUGUACACUCCCAUCUUUAGUCAGUCAGGUCUGUAUGUACAUAUCAGCACGAGGCUCUGUGGGGAUGAACCAGAGGCUGGCCAGAGUGUUGUGGUCAGUGUGCUAGACCUCCCUGUUCUUUCUCUCCAAUAGCAUCAAAUGAUCAGAUCGAAAGCCUUAAUCAACGCUUGGAAUAUUGAGUUUAAGCAACCUUCUCUUGAAUCAAAUAUGAUGUCGUCAUGAUCGCUACCCCUCCGAAAUCGCUCAUGUGACUAUUCUGUUUACUAAGGAAGGCACACACCACAGUUUUCUCUGGGGUAGAGGUGGGAUUCACCAAACCUAUAUACCAUGUAUACAUCUGGUCUCCAUCUCACCACCUCAUGGGGGGAUUGGGAAACUGCAUAGCCAGUGUUAAUACUGUUAAAAAUACUGUUAAAGAGCCACAGCAGCUGUAGCUACAGAAGCCUACAAGUACACACACACAAGCCUGUUACAGCCAACAACUUGUUCCUCAACUAUACAAUCUAUGUCACAUAAUGAGAAACAUUGCACUGUGGGAGCGACCUGUUUAUUAGUUGAAGGGAAAAGGAACAAAUGAUUUUUGAACAAAAGGAAUCUUUUAUUGAAGAACAAGUUGGUUAUUGCUGCCUCAGCAUUAGCUGGUCAUAUCUCCAAUAUACCAUGGACAUUGUAUAUAACAAAUUGGGUUCCACCGUCUGAUGAAUUUUUAAUGGUUUCUAUCACAUUUUUGUGGUUGUUGAAGGUUUGUGGUUUUACUGUAGUGGACAACACUGUGUACUUGUCUCUGUCAUGAAAUCUCACUAAGAAUGUGUGGCAUAAAUCAUAAAGAUUGUGUCUCAGAAUCUAUUUUGUCUUGUUCUUAAAUGUUAUGCAUUUAGAGCAGUUUGUUCAGUAUUGUAGGUGGUGUGGAUUACCAUGUUUGUUUAGAUGUAAUUUUUCCCCCCUAAUUUUCUUUACUUUAAAAGUAACAGGAAUAUGUAGAGGAUCUGAAGGUAUUAGCUCCCUGCUUAGCAGUUAUGAAGUUGCCGGGCAGAAAAAUCAUUUUUCCAUCUAGCUUGCUUCAUGGGGAAAAAAUGCAAAACUCCAGAUUCCUCCCCAUGUUCAUGUUGGGUAGUUGUUUUAUUUUCCAGGACAGUGUUCCAUUGAAUAAAAGUCCUUGUUUUGCUCUUUGCUGUAGAGAAGUCAGUGCCUUCCCCCGCCUGCGGCUGGGCUUUUAUUGGAGAAAUGACUUUGAUGUCUAUGCAAGCUCUUUUCUACCAGCUUACCAGCCUGCAUCAAAUAGUUCUUUGAAAACUCAUGUAGCUUGUUUUGUGUACAUAGUAUUAUUAUUUAGCACCUUUGAAAUUGAACCAUCUGAAAUGUGUAAUUGCUUGUGUUGAAUUUAUAACAGGUACAUUGUACUUGUAUGGUAUCAUACCAACACUUUUGUAGAUUGAUAUUAAGUUGCAUUUAGUUUCACUGAAUCUAUUUUUCUACUGUCGCCUCAAAAGGUGCAUAACAGUGGUAAACUUGGGCAUCCUCAAAAUAAACUGGUUUGAUAUUACA